AUGGAUCAAGACCCAGCAGCGUUCAUACAGGAGAUGAGGAGAAGAAUGGAGGCUAUGCAGGCGGAGAUGGAGACCCUGAGAGCUGAGCGUGAUGCAGCCCGAGGGGCGCAAACUAAUCGACUAGCUUCGGCGCGAGCCCAAUCACCAGUGGUGGAGAUGCCUGAAACUGAGUCAGAUUCAGAGGAUGACACAGGACCUAGGCCGGAGAGUGAUGGUAUGGGGGAAGAGCAUAGUGAGGCUGGUUCGCAUCGGGCUGCUAACCGUCCGGCUCCAACUGGUCGGGUUAGAGCACUGCAUCCGUUUACGGCUGCGAUUAUGGAGGAGCAGAUCCCGGACCGAACGUUCCCAGCCUUGGAAAAAUAUGACGGCUCGGGUGAUCCGGAGGAGCAUUUGAGGUCCUUUGUGGACGCAAUGACUAUAUAUUCACCUAGGGAGAAUGUGUGGUGCAGGGUAUUUUCUUUAUCAAUAAAAGGAGAAGCCUUAGCUUGGUUCCACUCAUUGAAACCACGAACCAUCAAUAGUUUCGUAACAUUGAGGGACAUGUUCGAACGGCAGUUUUCGGCGGGACGAGCGCGGAAUCUGACGUAUCUGGAAUUAACAAAUAUAAAGCAGGAAAAGGGAGAAAGUCUUAGGGUUUUCAUGGACAGGUUCAACCGAACCUCGCGGCAAGUAAGGGGGGUGGGCAAGAAGUUCACCAUCAGUACUUUGGCGACCGCGUUGAGACCCUCCCCGUUUGCUGAUAACCUGUUCGCUGAGCCCCCAUUAACCCUGGACGAGUUACAAGAAAUGGCCGCUCGUUUCAUUAGAAUUGAAGAGAUGAGGGCGGUCCAGCGAAGGCAACAGGAGCAGGGGACGAGCGCGGGACAAGAGAAGAAGGACGUCAAGAAACCGUUCGUCCCAAACGAACGGCCAAAGGGCCAGAAGUUUAGAGAUGGCCCCAGGGGAGGAAGGUACGACCAAUACACCCCAUUGAACGCACCAAGGACGAGGGUACUGGAAGAAGCUCUGAGUUCGGAUCUUUUGAGGGUGAGACCGUCUAAGUCAUCACCGAAGGCAGACGGAACUAAACACUGUACUUAUCACUUGAACAUUGGGCACAAUACCGAGGAGUGCACGGUGUUGAAGGAUAAGGUGGAGGAAUUGAUCCGAGCGGGUCAUUUACGAAGGUUUGUGAAGGAAGAGAGGAAGACAAGGAGCCCGCCCAGGAGGGCGAGGGUGGAAAGAGGCGAUAGAAGAGAAGACCGACGGCCCGAACGCAGGAGGAGUAAAAGCCGCAGCCAUGACCGAUCGCUGCGAGGGACCAUAAACACUAUCUCAGGUGGGUUUGCGGGAGGAUCGUCGGCGUUUGCAAGGAAGAGGAACUUAAGGGAGCUUAAGAGCGUACACAGGGUAGAUGUGAGGAAGCGGCACAUGCCGCCAAUCACGUUUACGGAUGAAGAUUUCCAUGCUCCUGAUCCGGAUGAGGAUGAUCCGAUGGUGAUAACGGCAGUUAUUGCUAGUUAUAGCGUGGGAAAGGUGUUGGUAGAUCAAGGUAGUUCGGUCAAUAUCUUGUACUGGAAAACCUUCCAACAGAUGGACAUAUCCGAGGACCUGAUCGCCCCAUAUAACGAGCAGAUAGUGGGAUUCUCGGGGGAGCGCGUAGACACCAGGGGGUAUGUGGACCUUAGAGCAUGCUUGGGAACCGAACGGAGCAAGGAAGUGAAAACAAGGUUCUUGCUGGUGGAUGUUAACACUUCUUACAAUGUGUUAUUAGGACGACCAUGUCUCAACGCAUUUGGGGCAAUUGUCUCUACGCCUCACCUUACAUUGAAAUUUCCAUUGGACAAUGGAAACAUAUGUGCCGUCCGAUCGGAUCAGAGGAUCGCGCGAGAAUGCUAUAUGGCGGGAUUGAAGGUUCAACCUUUAUCGUCGGGUUCGUACAGUCGGAGUAGGAGAAGACGAUCGGAGGUAGCCAUGGCAGACUUAGACCCAAGGACAAAUACUGACGAUCGUAUGGAGCCGAUGGGAGAGACACAGUCCUUCUGCUUAGGGCCGAAGGAAGAACAAAAUACAACCAUCGGGAGUGAAUUGGAGGAGGACCAGGCCAAUCUAAUUGGCACUCUGUUGAAAGACAACAAGGAUUUGUUCGCCUGGACGGCAGCUGAUAUGCCAGGGAUACAUCGGAGGGUAAUGUCGCAUAAGCUGGCAUUAUUCAGGGAAGCCCGACCGGUCGCUCAGAAGAAGAGAAGAAUGGGGGAGGAAAAACGGUCGGCAAUAGCAGUUGAGGUGAAGAAGCUGUUGGAGGCUAAUUUCAUUCGGGAAAUCAAGUACACAACGUGGUUGGCGAACGUUGUGAUGGUGAAGAAGAUGAAUGGAAAGUGGAGGAUGUGUACCGACUUCACCGACCUGAAUAAAGCUUGUCCCAAGGACUCUUAUCCAUUACCAAGUAUCGAUGCGUUGGUGGAUGGUGCGUCCGGAUUUCAAGUAUUAAGUUUCCUGGAUGCCUAUUCAGGGUAUAACCAAAUCCCCAUGUUCCCACCGGACAGCGACAAAACGACAUUCAUCACCGAGCGGGCAAACUAUUGCUAUGAUGUUAUGCCGUUCGGGUUGAAGAAUGCAGGGGCCACUUACCAACGCCUGAUGGAUAGGAUAUUCGCUGAACAGAUUGGUAGAUGUAUGGAGGUAUAUGUGGACGACAUGGUGGUGAGAAGCCGUUCGGUAGAAGAUCAUGUGCGAGAUCUGGCAGAGGUUUUCCAACAAGUGCGUAAGUAUGACAUGCGCCUCAAUCCGGAUAAAUGUACGUUCGGGGUACCGGCGGGAAAGUUUCUGGGAUUCCUGCUAACAACUAGAGGCAUUGAGGUGAACCCAGAUAAAUGCCGAACGGUUUUGGAAAUGAGGAGUCCGAGCAAGCUGAAGGAGAUUCAGAGGUUGGUGGGAAGACUCACCUCCUUAUCUAGAUUUAUCCCCAAGUUGGCAGAGCGAAUAAAACCGAUUGUAAAAAUUAUGAAGAAGAGUUCAGGUAAGGAUUGGGACGACCAGUGCGAGCAAGCCUUUAACGAGGUAAAACGCAUAUUGGUCAGCCCACCGGUCAUGGGGCGACCCGAUGAAGGACACCCGUUACAGCUAUUCUUGGCGGUUUCAGAGGACACGGUCAGCUCGGCAUUAGUGCAGGAGCAACCUGAAUUUAAACUUGUGUACUUUUUCAGUCGAACAUUGCAGCCGACGGAGACUAGGUACAAAAGGGUGGAAAAGAUUGCUUUGGCUUUGGUGGUGGCAGCAAGACGUUUGAGGCCGUACUUUCAGAGCCAUCAAGUGAUAGUACGAACGGAUCACCCGAUCGCAAGAAUCUUGCGCAAACCUGACUUGGCGGGGAGAAUAGUAGGUUGGUCUGUGGAAUUGUCAGAGUUCAGACUGCAAUUUGAACCGAGGGGAUCAGUCCGAGGGCAGCACCUGGCUGAUUUUGCGGCUGAGUUACAAGAGGAAGAAGGACCUUACGAAUGGGUCCUUUAUGUGGAUGGCUCUUCGGAGAAAUCCGGAGGAGGAGCAGGUAUUGUUUUGGAAGGACCGAAUGGCUUUAUUGUCGAACAGGCAAUUGUCUUUCGGUUCAAGAUAAGCAAUAAUCAAGCCGAGUACGAAGCAGUAUUGGCCGGGCUAGAAUUGGCCAAAGAUUUGGGAGCGGUCUUGGUCAAAUGCCGAACGGAUUCCCAAUUGGUGGUAGGCCAAUUGACCGAGAGUUUCCAGACCAAAGACGAUCAGCUGCUUCGGUAUUUUCACAAAGUAAAAGAGUUGGUAAAGCAGUUCCGGGCGGUGGAGUUCAAACAUGUGCCUAGGGAGCAAAAUGCGAGGGCGGACAUCUUGUCUAAGCUCGCCAACAGCAAAGGAAAAGAUCACUUGUCUUCGGUCAUAAGGCAAGUUAUGAUGAACCCAUCGGUAGAGAGCUUGGCCGUUCAUGAGAUAACUGCUCAGCCUGACUGGAGGAAAGAAAUAAGGGAGAUUAUUCAGAGGCAGGAGAACGGACUGCAUGUUCGGGUACAGGAAGCAAAGAAGGCCGCUCGUUAUCUGAUAAUAGGAGAAGACCUUUAUAAAAGGGGAUUUUCUUGCCCUUUGUUGAAAUGCGUAAUCUCGGAGGAAGCCGAGUAUGUGAUGAGGGAGUUGCAUCUUGGAGCGUGCGGCAUGCAUACAGGCCAACGAGCGUUGCGGGCCAGGGUGAUACGAGCGGGAUAUUUUUGGCCGACGGUGGAGAAGGACUGCAAAGCGUUCGUGCAGAAAUGUUUGAAGUGUCAAGAACAUGGCCGAAACUUCAAUCGGCCACCGGAAGAGCUACAUAGCUUGAUGUCGCCAUGGCCGUUCGCGCAAUGGGGAAUGGAUAUUAUCGGACCCUUUCCGGUGGGAAGGGCACAGAAGAAAUUCCUGCUAGUAGCCAUUGAUUACUUCACUAAGUGGGUGGACGCAGAGCCGCUCGCGACUAUUACUGCCGCGCAAGUUCAGAAGUUCGUGUGGACGCUCAAAUGUAGAUACGGGAUUCCUAAAGUAAUAGUCACUGAUAACGGGCGGCAAUUUAUCGACAAGCGUUUGGGAGAAUUUUACGAACGUUUGGGAAUAAAACAUGUGACGAGCUCGGUAGAACAUCCUCAAACGAACGGUCAAGUAGAAGCAGCCAACAAGGUCAUAGUGGGCGAAUUAAAGAAAAGAUUGGGGGAAGCCAAGGGCCUUUGGGUAGACGAGUUGCAGGAGGUCUUAUGGGGAUACCGUUGCACGCCGCACGGAACCACGGGUGAAACCCCCUUCAGCCUAACAUAUGGAGUGGAUGCUAUGCUGUCGGUCGAAGUAGGGGAACCUUCAUUACGAAGGAAGAUAAGACUGCAGGAUAACAAUGAGGAGAUGCGUGUAGAGUUAGAUACUCUAGAGGAACGAAGAGAAGUGGCCAUGAUCCGAGCGGAGGCUACCAAGCGACUUGUGGCAAGACGCUAUAACACCAAGGUUAAACCAAGACAAUUUGUGGAAGGAGACCUUGUGUGGCGGAAAACAGCAGAAGCCCGACGGGACCGGUCGGCAGGAAAGCUGGCGGCUAAUUGGGAAGGUCCCUUCAGGGUGGUUCAGAACUUGCAAAAUGGAGCAUACCGGUUGGCGCACCCGACGGGAAAGGCUGUACCCAAUACGUGGAACGCAUCUCAUUUAAAAUUCUAUUUCAGUUAA